CAAGCGUGUCACUUCCGGGACCAGUGUAAUAUCAACGUUUCGAUUAGCACCGCUGGAUUGAUACAUUUUCAGGGCGACGUUAAAGUCUGCUGUCCUCUCCUGUAGCUGUGACAAGGUGACAGCGUGUCCCGGAGUCUACUGUGGACCUGGAGUUGUUUUAUAUCCGGGAAAUACAAGUAAAGAUCUCCAGAAGACAGAGUUUCAUCACAUCUUCCCUCACGCUCUCCCCUCGCUGUUCUGCACCAUCUUCAUAGCUUCACCAAGAUGAAGCUGAAGGAGGACCUGAACCCUAUGCUGCUGCUCCUGUUCCACCUCAUGGUCUGGAUCUACACAUUCAUUACUUUCCUGCCCUCCUACAUCCUCAGCUGGAUUGCCACCCCGUCGGGAGACUCCUAUGGCUCAGAGGCAGAGCGAGCCAAGAGGGCGAAGGCCCGCUCAGUGCUGGGAUGUCCUGAGGGGCCCUACAGAGCUGUGAGCGCUAUGAAGAGGUUGGUGACGUCUCUGCAUCCAGGGAUGGACACCCUGGAUAAGAUGUUUGAGUACGCAGCCAAAAGGUUCCCACACAGAGACUGCCUGGGGACCAGGGAGCUGAUCAGUGAGGAGGAUGAGCGACAGAGCAACGGAAAGGUGUUCAAAAAGGUGGUUCUGGGUGAGUACUGCUGGAUCUCCUAUAAAGAAGUCCUUACUGCAGCCACCCAGCUGGGCAGUGGUUUGGCCGCACUGGGUCAGCGGCCAAAAAGUAACAUUGCCAUCUUCUGUGAGACACGAGCUGAGUGGAUCAUCGCUGCCCAGGCCUGCUUCAUGUACAACUUCCCAUUAAUCACUCUUUACUCCACACUGGGAGGUCCAGCCAUUGCUCACGGAUUAAAUGAGACUCAGGUCACCCACAUCAUCACCAGCAGAGAGCUUCUGGAGACAAGACUAAAGGCCAUCCUGCUUGAAGUGCCCAAGCUGCAGCAUAUUAUAGUGGUGGACAGCACGCCGACCUCAUGGCCCAGUUAUGCACGUGGAAUCAGCGUCCACAACAUGGCAGCUGUUCAAAAGCUGGGGGCAAAACCUGAGAAUGCUGCACGUGAGCGUAAGCAGCCUAUUCCUUCAGACAUUGCAGUCAUCAUGUACACCAGCGGAUCCACCGGCAUACCAAAGGGUGUCGUCAUCUCCCAUAGCAACAUCAUCGCUGGCAUCACAGGAAUGGCAGAGCGGAUACCCAACCUGUGUGAGGAGGACACCUACAUUGGCUACCUGCCUCUUGCACACGUCCUGGAGCUCAGUGCAGAGCUUGUAUGUGUCGCUCAUGGCUGCAGGAUUGGCUAUUCUUCACCUCAAACGCUUGCUGACCAGUCAACAAAAAUCAAGAAAGGAAGCAAGGGAGACACCAGCGUCCUGCAGCCCACCCUGAUGGCAGCUGUUCCGGAGAUCAUGGAUCGAAUCUAUAAGAAUGUGAUGACCAAGGUUGAGGAGAUGAACUGUGUGCAGAGAACACUCUUCAUCCUGGCAUAUAACUACAAACUGGAGCAGCUCACCAAAGGAUAUAGCACUCCUCUGUGUGACAAGCUGGUGUUCAGGAAAAUUCGCUCUCUGCUGGGAGGUCAAACCAGAGUCUUGCUUUCAGGUGGAGCACCGCUCUCAGCCGCCACACAACGCUUCAUGAAUGUGUGUUUCUGCUGCCCGGUGGGUCAGGGAUACGGCCUGACAGAGACAUGCGGCGCUGGAACUAUUAGUGAAUUGUGGGAUUACAGCACUGGGAGAGUGGGAGGACCGCUGGUCUGCUGUGAGAUCAAGCUCAAAGACUGGGUGGAGGGUGGUUAUCGUAGCACUGACAAGCCACAUCCGAGAGGUGAGAUUCUGGUUGGUGGACCGAAUGUAACACAGGGAUACUACAAGAGCGAGGCAAAAAACCAGGAAGAUUUCUAUGUUGACGAGAACGGCCAGCGCUGGUUCUGCACAGGAGACAUUGGAGAGUUUCAGGAAGACGGCUGCCUCAAAAUAAUCGAUCGUAAAAAAGACUUGGUGAAGCUGCAGGCAGGAGAAUACGUGUCCCUGGGGAAGGUGGAGGCUGUGUUGAAAAACUGCCCUUUGGUUGACAACAUAUGUGCCUAUGCAAACAGUGAUGAGACGUACGUGAUUGGCUUUGUGGUGCCCAAUCAGAAGCAGCUGUUCGCUCUGGCUGACCAGUAUGGUGUCCGUGGUUCAUGGGAGGAGCUGUGCAAUAGUAAAGCCAUGGAGGAGCUGGUCCUAAAGACCCUCACAGAGGCUGCUCUUACAGCACAAUUGGAACGCUUCGAAAUCCCUCGCAAGAUCCGCCUGAGCCCCGACCCAUGGACUCCAGAGACAGGACUAGUGACUGAUGCGUUCAAGCUCAAACGCAAGGAGCUGAAGAAACGUUACCAGGAUGACAUUGAAAGAAUGUAUGGUGGGAAGUAAAACCCAACCCAGCAUUUUUAUUCUGAAAACACAGACCAACACUUGACCCAAACACUACCAGCACACUGAAAUCCUUUCCCACCAUGACCUAUGAGGUUUAUCUGAAUACACAAGGGCCCUCAUUUAUUAAAAAUACCACAGAAAACUGAGUGUGUGAUCAUUUCCAAGCAUUGCUCAUUAGUGUAUCCUGAGCAACCUGUAACCUUAAAUGGACUGAAUUGUGCAUGUGAGCAUGAUUUCCUCUGAGACAUGAUGCUUCAGACUCCCUUUACUCCCACUUUUCAGACUGCCAAACACAAUUUCAUUCCUGACAAGAGAAGUUUCCCUUCUUUGCUGUAUUAAGAACCUCUAUGUUGUUAAGUGGGGUGAAGGCCCUCUGAUUAAUUUAUAUGAAGCGGUGUGAUAUUUAAAUGUUUUUUUUUCAGACAUGCAUUUAUUACUGCCUGGGAUUAACCAAAUAUCUAUGCACAAUUUAUGACUCAUGCCUGUCAUAAGAUGAUUUCUGUGCUAGUUUCCACACCAGAUUGAUAAAUGAGGGCCAAAAUCUCUUAGAAUUAAGGUUAAAGAUUAUGUUUUGCAAGUUUUACUUUGAGAAAAGCUGAAAAAUGCUUGAAGAGAACAGAAAACCUCCCCACCCACUGAUGCCUUCUCCCAGUUUUUAUACCCAGGUGAUUACUGACCUCUUGGGGAACUCGGUUUUUCCAGAUGUGAGUUAUGAAACAGAUAGUGUGUUAGUCUGUUGAAUUCUUUCUGAGGUGCCACAGUGGAAGCUCAGGGUUUAUGAAUAGGUUUGUUGCUUCAAUCUGUCACAUAUGAAGAAAAAAUGGCUAUGUAUGUCCCCAAAUUAACUUUUUGAUUUAACUUAAUGAUUUUAAACUCCCUAUCCUGCAGGUCAGGAGAGGGUCUGCUUUUUGUUUCUUUAUCUUUGUUCAUGUUUUCAGUUCUGUCAGUGGUUUAUUUUGUUUAGCGCCUGCUGUCUGACUUCGGUUCCUGUGGUUUUUAGACGUCUUUCCCUCGUCAGCACAUCUUGCAGUGAAAAGCACUGUUAUUUGAGGGCAAAUGAGAGCAGAUUUGUAUACAUUUUUUAAAGAAAAUGACAAAAAAUUGCAACAAAUAGUGUUAUUCUAAAAAGAAAUGAAGAUACACUGUUGUUUAGUCUAUUAUAUUUUCCUACGAUGUUAGAGUAUCAUUUUUAUGUGCUGUACAAACACUGAAGAGCACAUUGUAUUACAGAUAAAAUGACUCUGUAAACGUGUCCAGUUUGAUAAAUCUUAGUGCAAUAUUUACCAGCUCUGUCCAAAUAGUGCAGUUGAUUACAGCUGGGACAAAAAUAAAAGUGUCUCAACAUGCUUGAGUGCACUGGUUGAAAAAUACUUCAGCAGGGCUGUCAUUACCAGCUUAAAGCCUUGAUGUCACAAAUCUUUACAUGAUUAUAAGUGUUAAAAUCAAGUCUUGAAAUUGCACAAAUAUGGCCUCCUCAACAUGAGGACUCACCUGUUGCCUUCUCUUGUGAUUCAGUCACACUUUCUUAUCACUGAGUGUGUAAAGAGACAUGUAAGGAGCUGUGAUCAGCAGAGGAAGAGCAUGAUGUUUUAACUUGCAGUUGUCAUGCAUUUGGAGCUACACUUUAUUGUACCUAUAGCCUGCCUUGUAACAUAAAAUCAUCAGCUAUUUAUUUGUAAUUUGUCUUUGUAAAAUGGUUAAAAGCAGUUAAUAAAAACUGU